AUAUUGAUGAAUGUGCCUUGAGGACUCACACUUGCUGGAAUGACUCCGCCUGUGUGAACCUGGCAGGAGGAUUUGAUUGCCUCUGUCCAUCUGGACCAUCCUGCACUGGUGACUGCACACAUGAAGGAGGCUUGAAACGGAAUGGCCAGGUAUGGACACUGAAGAAAGACAGGUGUUCUGUUUGCUCUUGUAAGGUAAGUUCCUGUUUGAUUUUUUUUACUUUUUUAAUAAUACAAUUUCUUCUUUUCCUUGUGUAUUUUUUAAAAUAAGAAACCCAUUUUAAAAGAACUAAAUCCAUGUCAGACUGCAGGCUGAAUUCUUCCCAAAUCACCUGGGCUCCCCCUGGGGAGUUGUAAUCUGAAUUAAUCUUUUCUUGGUUCCUUUAAAAGAAAAAAAAAGCAAAUUCACUCUAGCAAGCAGGUUUGCAUCCACGCAAAAAUGGUAUGAGAAAACAACAAGUAAACUUCCUGGUCUAUACAACUCUUCUAUUUAUGAAACUGCGAGAAGAAACUUCAGUGCCCUGGGACAGUUGUAGGUGACUGAAAAGAUGAAUGCUGCUGGAUGCUAAAAAUUACCGUAUUUUUCGCUCUAUUGGACGCAGUUUUUCCCCUCCAAAAAUUAAGGGGGAAUUUGUGUGCGUCCUAUGGAGCGAAUGCAGGCUUGUGCCAUAUGGCUUCUUUAGCCCUGCGCAGCCUCUCCCCGCAGGGAAAGAUUCCGCGGGGCUAAAGAGGAAGCCAAAGCAGCGAGCGGGAUCCAUCCCGCUUGCUGCCUUGGCUUGUGCCAUAGCCACGCGCAACCCCUCCGGCAGGGAGAGGUUGUGCGCAGCCUGUACGCUGCUCUUUGGGGCUGGGGGGGGGAAAGAAUUUUCUUGAUUUCCCCCCCUAAAAACUGGGUGUGCCCUAUGGUCCGGUGCGCCCUAUGGUGCGAAAAAUACGGUACAUUUAAGGGAAACCUUUCCCUGUAUGAUAGAUAGCCCUCACUCAUACUUUUCACUCAUACCUUUCAAACAAAAGUGCCCUCACCACCAGAGGUUUGUAUGGUGGCAGCAACACACACAGCAUUUAUAGUUCAUUAGCAUUCAGGGCAUUGCUGCAGGAAUCCAUAAACCCUGUAAGGUAAAUCAUUAUUAUAAUCACAAAAAUCACCCAGUGAGCUUGUUGCAGAGAUGGAAUUUGGACUGGGAAUUUCCUAGUUCACAAUUGUGCUACAUUAGCCCUAAUUAUGUUUGAGACUCUAUAAAUGUCAAACAUGGUGAAUUUGUGAAAUGUGAAAUUUACUUGGAAUAUUUGUAUCAGAAAUAUUUGCAACAGAAGCAAUCUCCACUACUCUCCUGUAGUAUUGCAAUUUGCAACACUGGGGAUAAUAGGACCCCAUCCUCAAGCAACAUUUUAACAAUAUUUAUGAUGCAAUCAUGCAUGCAAAAUAUGGUUUUAUAAGACUACUUUUCCUCUUUCCAAAAGUAUUACCUGAAAAUUUAGGAGGAAACUUGCAUUCUUGCAGAAGGAACGGCUGGUGGCAAAAAUGGCUCAUUUAUUUAUUUCAUAAAAUUUAUACACCACUUGAAAACUUCAAAGUGGUUUACAAAAGAAAAAAAACAGUAAAAUCAAGAAGAAAUCACAACCGUACUUUAAAACAUAUAAAAGUCAAAAUACUAAAACAUAUUAAAAUUACCUCAACUUGUGUGCACGUCUCCAUAAGGACUGCUUCACAGUCAGGAAGAAGUUCUUGAGAAUAUCUUUUGAGGAACAAAAUAGGGAUAAUACCACCAUAAAGAGCUACAAUAUCAUCAUUUGGUGGGAGUAUUUCAACUUUUCUGAGCAUUCCAAGUCCUACUGAAGGUAUAAUAUGACUAUGCUAAGGACAGCAUAGACUGUUUAUGGGUCUUAAUACAGUUUAUUGCUAGUUAGUCAGGGCUAUUUAUUAAAAGUUAUUUUAAUAUUCUCUAACAAUUGACACUAGUAAAUUAUGUAUGAAUUUUUCUACAGUGCCUUAAUUGAAACAGUCUGGUAUCUUUCACAUAAAAUAAAACCUCUUUCCAUAAAAUGUUCUGUUGAAUGUACUCUUAGCUCGCUGAAAUAGCUAACAAAAUCCUAAUUGUCCCAACACUGCUUCAUAUGUGAAUGUGGAAUUAGAUCGUCCACCCCAUGGCCAAUGAUAUCCAAUUCUGGCAUAAUCUGCCCAGGUUUGGACCAUGUGAAGAUACCUUUUUUAAAAUAAUAAUAAUAUUUCACAGAUAAGUGAGGAAGGGAUUACUGCAGCAAUCCACCAGACAUAAUAUUUCAUCUAAUCCUGUCUAAACAUACUGGUUUUUGUUCCUAUGAAUGAGGGCAGAAUUUGCUAAAACAUUAAAAUUCUAACAGCUUAAUUAGUUGAGUGCAUUCAUUACCCAAAGUAGCCUGAAGUAGAUUUUCGCUGCUUUCUCAGAGUACAUCCCUCAAGCCUUAUGUGAAUUAUAACAGCAUUGGUGGAGCUGUGUUGUCUUUAAUCCUGUUUUCUUUCUGUCGUCCCCCCACAAAUAAAGCAGCUUUACUGACUUACUAGUAUGGAAGCUAGUGUUCCCUGAAAAGAGAUUCCCAAGAUAGUGUGUGGGUGAAAACAUGAUUUAAAUAGUGAUGUACAUAUUUUCAUCUGCUUGAUUCAAAGUGGAGCUCAACAAACCAAAUUGCUUGGCCAUCAUAUGUCUUACCUUUGUGUACAAAAAAAUAACUGGUGAACAAUAUGCAAAUGGAAGGAGCCCCUUCCAUUUGCAGAAGAGUCUUUGGUCUGAUGCAGACCUCUGCUGAUGGAAAGCAGGAAAGGUAAUCUUCAGAUUCUUCCAUCACUCUGUAGCCUCCCAUAUCACCUUCUAGGCAGUUCUGGGGUGUUCCCCAGCCCUCAGGAGCAGAUUUUCAGAGGGCCAAGAUGGCUUAAGGGGGCAAAGAAGGAAUCAGCCAAAUUUCCCUUCCUUCUGUUAGCGGUGGUAUCCACUGCAUCAAAAACUCUUCCUUUAAUAUAACAGACAAACUGGAUUCCACUCUGAAUAUUUAGAAACGUACCAUGUGUUUAUUUUCCGAACCCAGUUGCAAAUUCCGGCCCCAUGACAAGCAGCAGAACAAGAGUCUAAACAUUCCCUCACACUCCUACCUGUGAACCUCCCCCUAAUACCUUGUCUGUCUUUUUCAACAUACCAGGCAGUUGUGGUAAUGGGAGGUCCUCUCUUGAGGCCUCUGUUUCUUCCUCUCUCCCUCUUGGUGUCUUUAAUGCAGUGCAUCAUGUGCCAGGGAUUCUGGGAUUUAUCAUUCUUCAGGCACCCGAGGCCUUCCUAUGUCUGUUAAGCAUCCUGGAAAAUACAUAUCCUAGAUUAUGGAGCACAGUGUCUACACCAUGAACUUGAGAUGGGUGAACUGUGGAAAAUUUGCUUUGGAUUCACUUGGAAAUUAUUUGAGGUUCUCCCCUCCCCCUGCCAAACCAGGAAAAGCUUUCCAAGUCAAUUCAAGGGUGUAAAUAUGAGAGGUUGUAUUCCUUCUACCACCGCAAUUUAUCAUGCCUGCACCUCUUUAUUAUGGCCCCAUUAGACAUAGUAGCUUGCAUUAUAUUGAAUUGGGCAAGAAUAAAGGUGCACCAGUGAGGAUGGGGAAAGAAGCCAACUCCGUGAGUCAUCUUUCAGCAUUAAACCUUCUUCUACAGUGUCUUUUGCCUGCCCCUGUAUAAAUAAAUUGAGCCAUUGUUCUGUAUGGGAGUGAUGAAAGACCCCGCAGGGACAAAAUACAAAAGUGGUAAUGAGGAUCCCGUGCCUCAUGGGGCCCUUGGCUUCUCCCUCACAUUUGUUCUUUGCCCCUACAGUGGCUUCAGCGCUCUUUACUGGAUGUAAAGAAGAAACAGAGCUCCGUUUUAUUCAGUAGGUGUAAAGUGAGCAAGCAGUUCUUCUGCUAGGAUUUUCUAAGGCAGGCUUAAUGAGCUCCAGAGUUCUUUUCCAAGCCUGACUCAGGGGAACUUCAGCAGCAUCUCCAAAGACUUAGGCACCAUGGAUAACCACAUUUCCAAGGGGCCUUGGCACCUGGAAUGCUACUGUUUAAUGCUCAUCAUGCCAGGGAGAAAGGAAGGGGGGGGCCUCACCAGCAACAACUCUCCACUGUGAUCCACGACCAGUUAAUUGAGAAUGUGAAACACUCUAGUGGCAGUGAUCCUGACAAUGGAACUGAGAAACCAAUUAUGAUCUGGGUUCAAAUUUAAUUGCACUUCAAGCUUGGGUUUUAGUCACUUGAGGAGGAAGUAGUUAAGUUCACCAUUAAGAGUCCCCCUUUCCAGACUUGGGCAUGAGCAUACAAGCAAUACUUAACAGGUCUCAAUUAUUGAUAUAAACCACCCUACUAGUAAUGAAUGGAAGUGCACUUGUGAUUUUAAUUGAUUCCUUGAACCUGUGCUUAUAAUUUAUAGAAAUUUAGUUUUGGAAAGAUCCUGGGAUCUGUGGUUUGUUAAGAGUGCUGGGGUGGUAUCUCUGUGAGGGGUAAACUAUAGCGCCAUGAAUUUAAACCAGAAAAAUAGACUUCUUUGGAAAGUUCUGGACUCUCCUUUCUUGGAGGUUUCUAAGCAGAGGUUGAAUGGCCAGCUGUCAUGGAUGCUUUGGUUGAGAUUCCUGCAUUAUAGGGGGUUGGACUAGAUGUCCCUUGGGGUCCAUUCCAAUUCUACAAUUUUAUUAUUCAUCUAACUUUUAAAAUAACUUGUUACACAAAUUCACCACCAGUUUUUCCCUUAUCUAAACCUCUGAUUAUUCCAAAGUAUUAGCUGCUUUCUUGUCACUGGGCUCAAAUGUCAUUCUUUUUGUAACUUCUCUUGGUGUAAUUAGUUGAAGUACAGGAGUAGUGGUGUUUGGUAGUGGUCAUAGUGAUACAGCGGCUCGUUUUUCGUUCUUAUUUUAUCAGAUGAAGAGAGACUAGAUUUCCCACUUGUUCAGUCUGUGCACAUAGUGGACAAAUUAUUUAGAAAUUGCUGAGGUUAUUUUAAGAGAUGGAUAUUUGACACUCCAAAGCAACAAGAGACUUUGUGCGGCGGAAAAGGCUACAUAUUUGUGACACUGAAAUAUUGGGGUCAAAUUGCUCUCUGUAGAGUGCAGAGUGAACAGGUCUGUAUACAAAACAUAGAAUACUACGAGAGGCAUAAUAAUUCCAAUGAUACUGAAAACUGUGUUGGAAAAAUAUGAAAUUCUAAUUAAGUCCAAAUACCAGUUACAUCAAGUAUAUGGACUAGGUUGCACUACAUAUUUAAUUUGAAUAAUUUAAUUUCAGUAUCACUAAUGAACCAUUGCAAAACUUGAGUGAUGCUGAACUCUGCUGCAUUGCCCUCAGAGGUGGUAGCAAAAAUGUCUUUUUAAAAAGGGGGAAAAUGAAUACCAAAAUGUAACAGAUGCAAAUAAAACAUGAAGUGAAACACUUAAACAAUAAUAAUAACCACCCACUGCAAGACAUGAAAGGAACUUUGGCUAACCAUAGGCAUCUUGAAAGUGGUUUUUUGUUUGUUUGUUUGCUUGCUUUGUUUUUGUGUGGGGAGACACACUGUAAUGUUCAGGCACAUUGUUCUGCAUAGAAUUCAGGGUUGCUGUUUUGUUUUUGUUUUUAAAGAAAUAAUGCAAAAUUCCUAAUUCUAAUUCCACUUUUGAAACAAAACAAGGCUAUUCCAAACUCCAAAAUCUGGACAGAAAUUUGAUUGAUGAGAACUGGAAGCAUCCCUUUCUUAGAUGUCUGGAUAUGCCCCUGAAUUUUCACUAGGCACUAAAUCUUUGCUAGGCUGCCUCUAAUAUUCCAGGGUUCCACAGCUAUGAAGGCUAGAAAUAUUUUUCUUAUUAAUAAAACCAGUUGCAACCUUUUAUGAAAUGGUUCCUGAUUGCUUCAAUUUGUUUAUCUGCACUGGUGUAAGCAGUGCUUUUCUUUUAGAAGAAAAGGUGCCUGUACUGCAUACACUUGAGUACCCCCAGGAAAAAAAAAGUACUGGGUGUAAGCUUCUUUCAUACAUGAAAACCAGCAAUCUUGCUCUUUGAAACAUGGGCAACGUUUGAACUCAGGGUGAAGUAGCUGUGUGACAACGUAGCUUGACAUUUACUAUGCUACCGAUAACUGAUGUACAUUUUCACAUUUGAACUGCAAAUUUACUGUACUCUCACCUGGAGAUAAUGGUUGUCUCUUCAGAAGUUCAGCAGCCCAGUGAGUCUCAGCAGCUGCUGUGCCAGCUACUUCUCAGGUCUACCUGUCUCUUUUCUUCACCCUACUGUAGGAAGCACAACUUUGAGAUAGUAUUGCCUAUGAGUAGGUGGGCUGAAAACCGUUCUUAAAAGCAGUUGGGUGGGGGUGGGUUUUUUUUUUGUUUUGCUUGAAUUAACCGUUCAGCAAAUGAAGAACCCAUUACCUAAUUUGAAAUAAAUCAUUAGUAUUCUAGAUUUCAGUUCAAUGCUAUGCAUGUAAAAGCAUUGAAAUUAUUUAUUCACCUAUAAUAACAGGUAGAGUUUCCAGCACAAUAAUUCCUAUAAUUAUCAUCCUCACAAUUUGAAUAAACUCAUUUUCCCUUUUCCAUCAAGCCAACGCAUACUUUUUUUUUUACGUUUUAAAACAAUAUUGAUGCUCUAGUUAUCACAAGGAUUGUAAUUUAAUCUGUAGCCACUGAAAUGUGCAGGAUCCUAUGCAAGGAGUAAAUAUUUAGCAGUUGUGGUAUUAAAGCUUCAUUUCUGAGAGGUAUAAAUAAAAAGUUUUUCAAAAAUGAGUCUGAGAGCAGGAGCCAAUCUAGAGUGAAGCACUUUUACAUCCUGAUUUCAGCAAGAAAGGAAUGUGAAAUUGUGCUGAGUUGUUAGAUAUGGUGACAUAGUCUCCUACUACUUCCUCUGUUGGACUGCAAGUCAAGCUGUAAAAAACCCAACAACAACAUAACUAGAUAUAACUGAAGGUGAAAAGAUGAUAGGUUCCUCCAUUAACUUGCUGUAUUAAAUUCCUCUGACAGGCCUGGUUUUGCAGUGUAAUGCAUUUUUGUUAAAUUAAUGGUGCCACCUGUUCAGCCACAAAAUUAUUGAAGAUAUUAUCUCUAAAAUUACAUGGUUAUUCAAAAAUUUGUGAAGAAAAUUGUUGCUUCAUGAUACUCAUUAUGUGACUAAUAGAAACGUUUAUUCAUUCAGAAUGCAUGCAAGAAACUAUUUGCAAGGGCAAUGGUUUAAAGUGGUAAAGUUGAGAACUUUUCCAUUCACACAUAGCUUCCAAAGAUGAAAUUUGAGAGCAUAUUUCUUGUAUAAGUGGAAAGAGUAUCCAAACCUCAGUUUGAUAACAUUUACAAUAUGCUAAACUAAGCAGAAUAAAACAUAAACCCCAAUAUUGGCUAGAAAGCAGGAAAAAUGUAGAAAAUAGGUGCUGCUUGAUACGUUUUUGGCUGCUCCUUGGAAUAGAAAUAAUCUUGUCUUUGAAGUCUGUGGGAAUACUCAUAGUAUUUAUUUAAGGCAACCCAGAACUAGGAUCAAGGUGAAUCUGGAUAUUCAAUGGGUGUCACUCUGCUGGUGAAAGUCAUCCAUCAAUAGAAAGUAGAGAGAGGCAGUUUACAGCUGAGAGGUCUGCUGGAGUAUAUUUAGGGGACGGAGGGAUGGGAAGAAGAGUUGCUGAUAUUGCCUCCUCCCCAUUCCAGCAAUGGAUGCGAUGUCAUCUGUAAGUGGAGCAACAUACACUGCAUUUCACCCAACAGUUGGUGCCAUCAUAGAACAGUUGCCAUCAGAAUCCUUGCCACAUGGCACUGAGUCCAAUAUGAAUUUCUUACUUGGGUGUUUACUGCUAAUGCAUCAGUUGAAAGCAAAGAAAAGUACAUGAAAGUUUAUGAACAAAUAUUCUUGCUUCUUUGAAUAAAUAGCUUUGCAAUACAUUCAAACACUAAAUUUAGGAUUGUUUCCAAAGGUGCUCCAUCACAUUUGGAAGGCAAAAGUGAAACUAUAUCCAGAGGUGUUCUUCCAUUUAUGCAAGAGUCUGUGCAGCCUCAUUCACAAGCAGAAGUAUGAGAAUUGCUAUAGAAGAUUUUUUUUUUAAAUAAUACUGCGUCACCUCUUGCCUGUUAUAAAACAAUGAGCAUGGUAUGAGUUUCUGAAAUGUGGCCAUUGAGCUUCCCAAUCACUUGUAUUUGUGAACUGUACAGUAUAAUGAGUAACACUAUAAAAUGCAAAUUGCUAACACACAUUGCUAGGCACUGCCCCAAUUUGAUCUAUCCGUUAUUUAGAAACACUAAUGAUUAUUGUUUCUUGACAGGAUGGCAAAAUAUUCUGUCGACGAACUACGUGUGAUUGUCAGAAUCCCAGUGUUGAUUUCUUCUGCUGCCCAGAAUGUGAUACCAGAGUCACCAGUCAAUGUUUAGAUCAGAAUGGGCACAAGCUGUACCGAAGUGGAGACAAUUGGACAUACAGCUGUCAACAGUGCCGCUGUCUGGUAUGUAAGCCAAUAAAAUAUUUUUCUUGAGAUGCAAGAGCAGUAAAAGAUUGAUUGACACGCCAUAUUGAAAAAUAAAAAAUGCAUACUGUUAACAUUCUUGUCUUCUCAUGACACAAAAUACAGUAUGGAAAGCUCUAUACAGUGGUACCUCGGUUCUCGAAUGUAAUCUGUUCUGGAAGACCAUUUGAGUUCCGAAACAUUAAAAAACCGAAAGGGCUGUCUGCAAAUUCAGUUGAGAAACAUGCAGCAGAAGCAUUUACUUCUGGGUUUUCAGCAUUUGGGUUCUGAAACGUUUGUCAACGGACACGUUCGAGAACGAAGGUACCACUGUACGUAUAUUCUAAGGUGCAUAACAUGAUCUGAAGUAGCAAGUUUUUAAAAGGUGCUUAUUUGACUUACUUCUUCAACAUAAAUGCAGCCUCUUCAAAGGCAUUACAAUGUUCACCAUUUUGGUCUGGGCAGGAGGAAAAAAAUUAAAGCUUCCAUCAGCCUUAUUUUGUGUCUCUUCCUCUGCAACGUAUUAUUCUGAACAUUUCACACAGGUAGAGGUUAGAGGGGUCAUCAUGAAUUAAAGACCAUCAAGAUUUAUGCACACAAAGGAUUGAUCUCUUCACCUUACAGAAUACAUACAUGUUAAGACUAUAAGAAGCAGAGCUGUAUUUUACUUUAGCCUAGGGGGAACAUUUGCAUACCAAAUUGUCCAGGAAAGCCUGCCGGUUUUAAAGAGAAAAUGCCUAUUGCUGCUGAAACAAGUUUGGAGGUAAUAGCAGGUUUUAUUGAGGAAACAGAUAGCUGUAUUUCUAAAUUGAAAACUGUGAGAGGGCUUUGCUGUCUAGUUCAGUUACUGUGCCCUGAUCCAGCUGGGGCUUCCUAGGGAUGAUUGCACAAACAUAUAUACAUGCAAAUGUGUGCUGCUCAUGCACAUUCUUAGGCUGAAAAGCCUCAACCAGGAACUCCAAAUAUUUGUUUGGGGGGACAACUGAAUUCAACAUUCUUCAUUAGUGGACCCUUCUUCAUUUUAAGGAGGCUUUUAAGGAGAGACUGGGUGGCUAUCCAUUAGUGAUGCCAUGUGGAAUCCCUGUGUCAACAGAGGGAUGGAGAUUCUCCCAAUAUGUCAUUAUCAGUAUUUAGAAAUUAAGGCCAGAAACUGUGGCUUCUCAGUGUCAAAAUCUGUGUAGUGCAGCAGCUAAGAGCCUGACUGUGAACAAGGAAAUCACUACAGGAAAUCUUGCCUCUGCUGUUAAUUCGUUCUGUUGCUUUUGGCAACUCAUCCCCUCUGCAGUCUUUGUCAUGUAAUAUGGAAAUAAUACUACCCAAAGCAAUUGUAAAGAUUACUAAUACUAUGUAAUAUCAAAAUCACUAUUGUGAUAUUGGAACCUUUUACAAUAUAUCUGCAGAAACAAAACAAAAAAAAUGGACUCGCUGGCAGGAUUUAAAUAAACAUUUACAAUUUUAUUUACAAAGAACAAGAAAUAUAACAACGUGAUAACACAGAAUGUAUCAUUUAAUGUAAUAAACCAGAAAUGGAAGCUGAGGGAAGUGAACAGGGAGGGGGGAGUUGAAAAAUGAAUGUUUAGUAAUGAUACUGGAUAUUUGUUAUGAGAAAAGAAAAUCAAUAAAUUUUUUUUAAAAAAAUACUAUUAACAACUCUGUAAAGGACUAUAUACAUGCUUUGUAGCAGCAGCAGCAGCAGCAGCAGCAGUAGUAGUAGUAGUAGUAGUAGUAGUAGUAAUAUAAUGCUCAGAAAUGAGGGGGGAGGGAAUCACUAGGGUCGAAAGAACAGGGCUUUUCAGUGCCACAUAGCAAUUCACUAAAGUGAUUUCAGAGCUUCAAAAACAACUGGUGAUGCACAGCAUAAGUAACUAAAGAAUGUUAAAACUUCCAAUGGACGUCACAAGCAAAGCACAUUCUUUUUCUCCAAAGAAUUCUAGGAACUAUAGUUUACCCUUCACAGAGCAACCUUUAACAAACUACAGUGCCCAUAAUUCUUUGACAGGGGCAAAGUGCUUUAAAGGUAUAGUGUGUAUGUUGCCUAAUACAGUUUAUCAGAUCCUGAUACCAUAGGAUGCAAUACUGCGGGGGGGGGGGGGGAGGAUGUCCAUACUUCAUGUUGUGAGAUCUUGACAGUGUGAUUCCAUGCUUGCUUACUCAAAAGAAAGCUCCUGGACUUCUUUUGGACAAAGAACAUAUAAUCUAACACUUAAAAGCAAAACAAAAUCCUAAAAGUAGCAAAUGCACAAUAUGCUACAUGUUUAAACUGGCAGGUGUUAGACUUUAAAAGACUUCUGAAAUAAUAAUAAGGAAUGUUUCUGUUCCUCCAAGAGGAGUGCAACCCCAUCCAGAAUAGGUUGAAUCACUUUACCUUUCUCACCAGUGACUUUGUCUAAUCUGAAUUUCAUGGUAUUUUUGGUUGCAAAUGCUGCAGAGUAAUGCAAUGAAUUAUUUAUCAUUGUAUCCUGAGGUGUCAGUUAUCAUAUGAUUUCUGGAUGAGUUAACUACUGUGUCAUUAUCUCUUAGUGUCUGUAAACUACUACAUAGCAUUUAGCCUUAACACUGUAAAUAGCUACUGGCAGUACUGCAGUACUGAUGUGAUAAUAUGGUUCAUGGUUUCCAUUUGUUAAAACGAGUAGUUUACAUAGCCUCGUAAAUUGCUUAAAUAACAUAAGAAGAGCCUGCUGGAUCAGGCCAAUGGUCCAACUUGGCCAGCAUCAGUGGCCAACCAGAUGCCUGUGGGAAACCAGCAAGCAAUUUGUGAUGAAGAUGCACAUCUGCAUAAUAGGGCUAUGAAAUCAAAACAAAAAUGUGCUUCAGAAUUCAACCAUUUGUGGCUUUUCAUUCAGAAGCUCUAUAUUAUCACAUCACCGAGUUCAGCAAAUGAGUUUCAUAUACAGUUGUACCUUGGUUGUCGAACGCCCUGGAACUUGGACGUUUUGGCUCCCGAAGGCCGCAAACCCAGAAGUGAUUGAUUCAGUUUGCGAAUGUUCUUUUGGAACUUGAACGUCCAACUGGGCUUCCUCGGCUUCUGAUUGGCUGCAGGAGCUUCCUGCAGCCAACCAGAAGCUGUGAUUUGGAAGUCAAACACUUUGGUUUUGGAAGUCGAACGGACUUCCGGAACGGAUUCCAUUUGACUUCCAAGGUACGACUGUACAGCAGCAUGGUGUAUCCACAUCCCUGGUUGGAGGUCUGCCUUUAUCCAUCAGAGAUGUGUGCAUGGUCCUUAAUCUGCUGUAAAUGUGGUGCUCAGCAACACUGCACUGUUUAGACUACUGCCAGAUCAGAAUAUGCCUAUUUUGUAAGUGAAUUUUAGUCAAGAAUGGAGAACUUGUACCCUUCAAGAGACUGAGGUACCCAAACUCCCACCAGCCUCUGCUAUUAUGGGCAACAAUGGAAUAAGGGGAGUCCUAUUCCACCCCAGUUUUAGGUAAUGCCUCAGGCCUAACAGUAAAAGUUGAUCAAAGAAGUAGUUGCUAUUGAUAUUUUGUUUCAUAGUUUUACGUAACUUACUGUGGGUCUCUCUCUGUUUUCCCAGGAAGGUGAAGUAGAUUGUUGGCCGCUUGCAUGCCCCACUCUCACCUGUGACUUCACAGCAAUAUCAGAAGGAGAAUGUUGCCCUCGUUGUGUCAGUGAUCCUUGUUUGGCUGAUAACAUAACCUACGAUAUCAGAAAAACUUGUCAAGAUGGCUAUGGAAUAGCACGACUUAGUGGCUCCGUAUGGACAAUGCUCGGGUCUCCUUGUACAACUUGCAAAUGCAAG